AUGUCCAAAGUCUACGUCAACGAAAAGAGCGGCAGCGACGUCGACGCGGCCGGCUCCCAAGACCAGCCUUUCCAGACACCAGCUUUUGCUGUUUACAAGGCUCCAGAGGCCACCGUGCUCGUCUACAAGCAGAAAGAUGACUCAGAGGAGUUCGAAUAUGCUGAAAUCUCCGCUUCUGCCUUGAAGAAGGCUAAGAAAGGUGCUGACGGCUUGAAAAAGAAGGCCGAAAAACAGGCCAAGCAGGCCGAGGAGCAGAAACUCAAGGACGAGGAGGCUGCUAAGAAAUUGGCCGAGUUGGACUUGAUCAAGAUCGAGGAGGACAAGUCCUUGCCUGAGGCCAAGAAGAUCAAAUUGAGAUCCGUCCAGGACAACAUUGACCAGCGUGUGGUGGUCAGCGGCUGGGUGCACCGUUUCAGAUCCCAGAAGGGCGUUGCAUUCAUCACCUUGAGAGACGGUACCGGCUACUUGCAGACAGUCUUGACUGGGGACUUGGCCAAGGCCAGAAUUACCCAGGAGUUGACCUUGGAAUCUACCGUUACUAUCAAGGGUGUCAUUGAGAAGUUGCCUGAGGGUAAGACCGCCCCAGAUGGUGUUGAAUUGAAGGCCGACUACUACGAGGUCUACGGCUUGGCUCCUUCUGGCGAGGACGCUUUCACCAACAAGGUUCAGGAGAACGCUGACCCAUCCUUGUUGUUGGACCAGAGACAUUUGACCAUGAGAGGCGAGACCUUGUCCAGUGUAUUGAGAGUCAGAGCUGCUCUUCUCAGCGCUAUCAGAAAGUUCUUCGAUGAGGAGGGUCUUUUGGAGGUCACUCCCCCAUGCAUGGUCCAGACUCAGGUGGAGGGUGGCUCCACUUUGUUCAAGUUGGACUACUACGGCGAGGAGGCUUACUUGACUCAAUCUUCUCAGUUGUACUUGGAGACCUGUUUGCCAUCUCUUGGAGACGUCUACUGUGUCCAGGAGUCCUUCCGUGCCGAGAAGUCCCACACCAGAAGACACUUGUCUGAGUACACGCAUAUUGAGUCCGAGUUGGCUUUCCUUACUUUCGACGACAUGUUGAACCACUUGGAGAGACUUUUCGUCUCCGUCACCAAAGCUCUUGUGGAGGACCCAGUCGUUGGUCCUUUGAUCAAGAAGUUGAACCCUAACUUCCAGCCACCUACGCUACCAUUCAAGAGAAUGGAGUACAACCAUGCCUUGGAGUGGUUGAACGAACACGGCAUUCCUAACGAGGACGGCGAGAAGUUCAAGUUCGGUGACGACAUUGCAGAAGCUGCUGAGCGUAAGAUGACUGACACUUUGAACGUGCCAAUCUUGUUGACUCGUUUCCCAGUCGAGAUCAAGUCUUUCUACAUGAAGAAGUGCGCUGACGACCCAAGAGUGACCGAGUCUGUCGACGUGUUGAUGCCAAACGUCGGUGAGAUCACCGGUGGCUCUAUGAGAAUUGAUGACUACGAUGAGUUGAUGGCUGCUCUCAAGAGAGAGAACCUCGACCCAGCUCCAUACUACUGGUUCACCGACCUCAGAAAGUACGGUACCUGCCCACACGGUGGUUACGGUUUGGGUACCGAGAGAAUCUUGGCCUGGUUGUGUGACAGAUACACUGUCAGAGACUGCUCCUUGUACCCUAGAUUCACCGGCAGAUGUAAGCCAUAG